AUGGACGCACUGGGCUCCGCCAAAUUUCAGUUCAGUCACACUCCCGAUAACCUCGCCUGCUUCGACGCACGGUGGGAAAGCUACAUCGAACAAGGGCCUGCGGCUAUCCCGUACUUGCUCGAAUGGGGGAAGUUUACGAUGCUCAGGAGCCUUUGGUACGAGGCUGAUGGGGACAAUGCCUAUAUUGAAUGCUUCUUCCCUGACUGCAUUGCCAACACGUUGAAACUGUAUGCCAAAGAGACGUUGGAGGAAUUGGCUUUGUUGUUAGGUCCAAUUGGGAGAUUGUGGAGAAGUGGAAGGAGGUGGUUGAUGUCAGGGCGAUUGCGAGCUGGCACUGAGCCAUUUGCGGGAAGAGCAAGCGAGGAUAUUGUUUGCCAGGUUUCAGAUGGCAGGAAAAGGGGGGAGUUGAAGAACUUGAACGAAGUGGUGUUAAGAAAUCUCGAUGAAAGAGAUGAUGAUAAGGUAGCGACCGUGGAUGUUGUGAAGAGUGAUUGCGAGGAAACAUGUAUCAUGGUUGAGUUGAAGGAGGUAAGUGGGAAGGUCUCAUUUCACGAGGAGAUGAGGAGUCUGGUCGAGCGGCCUGCUAUCUGUGCAAAUUACCCAAGGAAAGAGGACUGA